AUGGUCCUGAUCAACGCGCUUCGAGCUCGGUAUUGCCAUCCAGACAACGACAGAAAGUAUCACGGGCAUGCGAUCGAUGUCGUACCUUCCGCAUCAAGUGCGGGGAGAAACCGUGUCCGCGCUGUGUGCUUGAUAAAGUCAGAUGUACGUGGACCUCUGGUCCAGCCGCCAAGCAAAAGUCUAAGAUCCUCGUCUCAACCGGGUAAGGAGAUCUGGCAGUUGGAAAAAGAGCACCACCCCGAGCCCUGUCCCAGGGACCGAGUUCGACGCGAUGCGUCUCCGGAGAAACCAGAAAUCUCCCUGGCGCCGGCCACCGUCGGCCGACCGCAAAUGCCCUCAGCCUCUGCCGGCAGUGCCACCGAGAUAAUUAUCCCCAGUCAUGGCCGCGUGAAGCUGGACGAGCACAUGGAGCUGCUCAACCGUCCGGCGUAUGUCUUCGCCAAAAUCGAUGCCUUCUUUGCCGAUUCCAGGACCACGUUGCGCACCUCGGCCGACGGAGCAAUGACGGAUCUCAAAACUGCCUAUCCGGGUCCAUUUCCUGAUCUGCCGCAGAUCGCAGCGUCGGCGGACAGCCAACCCCCUUGCAAUGAGCACUUGACCGAGGACCAACAAACAUAUUUUCUGAGAUUGUUCUGGGAAGCCUAUCAUCCCCUCUUGCAAGCUUCGGAUGAGGCGGAAUUUCAAUCACUGUUGGCUCUGGAUCGGCGACAAGAUUCCGAGGUUGGGAAAUUGACCAAGGCUUUGGUAAAUUGUAUGACGGCGUUAGGAAUCCAGUAUGGCCAUGGAGCCGGCCUGACUUCCCGCAUCCUGACUUUGCGCCGUUGUGCGGUCAACAUCUCGUGGAUAGGGUACGGAUAUUUCUGUCGCUGCCGCGAUUAUAUUGCCCUUCUGACCGAGCCCACGCUCCUAUCGAUGCAAUGUUACGCUCUGAUGUCUUUGUACCUCAUGAAUGCAAGCCAUUUCAGGGAGGCCUACAGCCUGCUUGGCACCGCCAUUCGCGACAGCCAUAGUGUCAAUCUACAUGAGGAGCCUAGCGAGCGUCUUCAGCCAAAAGAGAAAAUAGCCCAGAGACGGAUUUGGUGGUUACUCUUCAUGCUCGAUAUAAAAUGCUCCCAGCAGCUUGGGAAGCCAGUCGGUGUACAGACCGCUACGAUAACGUGUGCUUUGCCGUCAGCUGAUGAACUAACUACGAUGCCGGGAAACACGACGGUUUGGAAGAAUUUGCACGUCUCGACCUAUUUCGUUCAUGCGGUGAAGUUCUCAGUGUCUCUUGCCGAGAUCCAACGACUGAUUUCCACGUCGAAAUUAUACGAGGAUGCCAGCAACGUCGCAGCGCUAGAACAGCGAGCGAACCUGCUAGCCACAUCGCUUGCUUGUCUAGAGAAAUGGAGCAAUGAACUACCGGAGGACCUCCUUAGCCCCAGGAAGAACACGGGCCACAGAGAAUCUAUGUCCACUGCAGAGAGUCCGAUAGUGUUAGAGCUCGGAGCACCCAGCUGGCUCCACCACCAGCGGGUUCUACUUGAAGUAUACUAUCAUAAUGCAUAUAUCAUGCUUCAGCGGCCAUUCAUCUGUUUUCCACGACCUUCCAAUUCCUCCACUGUCCAUCAGCCCCAAACAGACCAGCAUGCUCGCAGCUCGCUCCAGCACGCCAUAACCAUGACGAUUAUCGUGCACGACCUCUGCUCUUCUUCCGACCUUUUUUUUGGCUUGCCCGCAAUCCUUCACCCGUUGUGGAAUGCCACGGUGACCAUUCUUGGAUUUGUUGUAGCGAACCCAUCCUCUUCGCGAUCACGUAGGGCAAUCAUGUGGAUCUUCAAAGCCUUGGCUGUAUUUGAGGCCUUCGCAGCAACCGAACCUUUCGCUGCUCGAGCUGAAAACCUCACGAGAUCACUUGUGGCGAAACUGAAUGACGUACUGACCAACCUGGAUGAAAAGUCGGAGCAGACGAACAACCGCGACAGAAUCGCCCCGGGAUUGACACUGCAGCAAUCACCCGAUACUACAACCUCAACUACGCCAUCAUCCGCGAACCCGCUUGAUGUACUGACAGGGCCUCUCGCGGAGCACACUUUUGAUAAUACAUUUUUCACGGACGAUAGCCUUUGCUCGUCGAUUGGAGCAGUUGAAAUUAACACGUGGACAGCCUAUCAAGAACAUCUUGACAUAUGGAAUGGCAGCCACUCAGAUGGAGCUCUUGACGCAACGUAUGCACUGAUAGGCAACUCUCCUUGA